AUGAUGAAGUCACUAGCUUCCCUGGCACUGUUCGCCGCAGGCGCCACAUCGCAGAUUAUCGAAAGCUCCAGCUUUGGCACUGGUAAAACGAUAUCACCAAACCGAGACCACACAAUCCCUGGAUGGACAGUUGGAGGGGAGGGACACCAACCGAACCUGCUGUCAGACAAAGUCAUCUUAACGCCGCCCUACCCUGGCAACACCCGGGGGUCUCUGUGGGCACAAAGUCCUGUCGUCCAGUCUGAGUGGACAGCAGAGUUCCAAUUCCGAGCGAGUGGCCCUGAAAGAGCCGGUGGAAUCCUGCAAUUGUGGUAUACCAAGGACGGCCAGGCCCGCAUUGGGACCUCCAGCAUCUACACCGUCGGCCCAUUCGACGGCUUUGCGCUGGUGGUUGAUACACAUGGUGGACGUGGUGGCAGCGUUCGAGGAUUCCUGAACGACGGCACGACCGAUUACAAAAGCCACAACAGCCCCGACACUUUAGCAUUUGGUCACUGUGACUACUCCUACCGCAACCUUGGUCGCCCCUCCGUCUUUAAGAUCAAGCACACCAACUCGAUCCUUGAAGUCACCAUCGACGACCAGCCCUGUUUCUCAACCAACAAGGUCGCGCUCCCCGCUGGAAACACCUUCGGUAUUACAGCCGCCACCCCCGAGAACCCCGACUCGUUCGAAGUCUUCAAGUUCAUCCUCGAGUCUGCUACAACCCAAGGCUCUCCCCAAGGAAAGCUUCCACCAAUUGUCAACCAGCCGAACCAAGCACCUCCCCAAGCUCAGGCUCAACCCCAAGUUCCACCCGCAGCCCCAGCAUCAGAGGGCACAAUGGCCGGUCUCGCAGCCCAGUUCGUUGACCUCAGCGGCCGUCUCCAGCUGACCAACAAGGCGACCAACACCAUCCUCCAAGAUAUGAAGAACCAGGCCUCAAAGGCCGAUGCUCGCCACGCAGAGCUCCUGCAGAUGCUUAUCACAAAGGACCAGUACAAUGCUCUGGACAACAGACUCGCCCACAUGGAGCAGUUGAUGACGACGAUUCUGCGCGAUCUCGGCGACAGAGACUACAGCAGCCGCUUUAACCAGCUGCACGACACUUUGCGCUCCUCGCAUCUUAGCCUGAGCGAAAACUUGCAGGGUCACUUGUUGAACGUCAUCACCGCCUCAACUCCCCGUAUGGGCUUCUUCCUUUUCCUUGUGAUCGCGUUCCAGGUGCUCCUUGUCAUCUCGUACGUAAUUUACAAGCGUCGCCGGGCCAACAUGCCCAAGAAGUUCCUGUGA